AUGUCCUCGAUAUCGGAAAAGACGACAGAUGGCGCGCAUGGUACGCCGUCAACGACCGAACAGCUUUCCAACAGGAAUGAGCUCGAUGCCCCGCUACAGGAGCCGCAUAUUUCUAUUGCAACGGAUCCGAAGUCUCUGACUGGUGGGAGGCUUCACCUUAUGACCCUUGGGUCUCACACGUCGCUGUUAGCUAUCAUCGACAGCUUGAAAGGCUAUAGACAGGCGGGAUGGGUCCUGACGAGUUACCUUCUGACAUACACCGGCUUUAUCAUCGUUUGGGCAAAGUUAAGCGAUAUCUUUGGCCGCAAGACAUGUAGCGUCGCCUCCCUUGCCAUUUUUACUAUUUUCUCUGGUGCCUGUGGCGGCGCACAAACCAUGACGCAGCUAAUCAUCUUUCGAGCGUUCCAAGGUCUCGGCGCGGCAGGCGGAUUUGCCCUGACGAUUCUCAUCAUCAAUGAAAUGGUCCCACGGAAUAAGUUGCCCAUGUACGGAGCUAUCAUGGCUCUAGACAUGGCGCUUGCUACACUCUCUGGUCCACUGUUUGGUGGUGUUAUUAGUGACCGUUCCACAUGGAGAUGGGUCUUCCUUAUGAACAUUCCAGGUGGUGGCAUCAUCGCCAACCUUUCUGUGGCCAGUGGCCGUAUACCCGUCAUCUAUGUCGCUCUGUUUUUCUCUGCAACCACUGCCAUAGGUACCGGGCUUCUUACUACCCUACCAACAGACGAUAAUCUGCCCAAAGCAGUCUAUGCAUACGAGGCGCUGGCCGGGCUGGGUGGGGGUGCAACCUUCGCUCUCGUCAUCCUGUUGGUUCCUUAUGUCGUAGAGAAACGAGAUCUUGCCACAGCCAAUGGUGCCCUUAUCGAAUUCCGCAUCCUCGGUGGCGCCAUCGGACUCGCUAUCGUGGCCAGCGCGCUGGAAAACUAUCUGAAUCGGAACCUCGGCGCAAUCAUAUCCCCAGAACAACGCGUUUCGUUGAUGGAGUCGACGGCUUUGCUCCAUGAGCUUCCGGAUGAUAUCCGCGGGCAAGUCAUUCGAGUGUUCGCGGAGGGCUUCUCGUUGCAGAUGAAGAUCACAACCGCGUUUGCGGCGUUGCAGGUACCAGCGAUCGUCAUGUUUUGGAAGAAGAAGCAGAUCACCGUUGAAAAGAAAAGUUAA